GAGUGCGGCGCCCGCCGCUGCGGGUGUGCCCGCAGAGGAGCCCGAGCCACAACCCGCGGGGCUCGUCCUGGCUGUGCAGCCUUUCCAUUCCUAGCCGUGGGCCCCUCCCUGUCUCGCUUCUUGACAAGCCAGCAGGCAGCAAGGGGCGGCACCGCUCUGAGGUCCCGAGGACGUCACUGACGCGCGGUCGAGCCUCCAGCCCGCCCCACCGCUCGCCUUGCCUUCUUCUCUCCUUAGCCGGUGACGCCGCCGCGGCCCCCGGCAACCAGCACUCGCACGCACUCCCGCGCGCGCCACCUCGCCACCUCCUCCCGCACCCGGGGCCGAAGAUGGCGGCUCUCAAACUCCUGUCCUCCGGGCUUCGGCUCUGCGCCUCCGCCCGCAGCUCGCGGGGCGCCCUGCAUAAGGGCUGUGUCUGCUACUUCUCGGUCAGCACGCGUCACCACACCAAAUUUUACACAGAUCCCGUGGAAGCUGUGAAAGAUAUUCCUAAUGGCGCAACCUUGCUGGUUGGUGGUUUUGGGCUGUGUGGUAUUCCAGAGAAUCUUAUAGGAGCUUUACUGAAGACCGGAGUGAAAGAUCUAACUGCAGUCAGCAACAAUGCAGGGGUUGACAACUUCGGCCUGGGCCUUUUACUUCGAUCCAAGCAGAUAAAACGCAUGAUCUCCUCAUAUGUGGGAGAAAAUGCAGAAUUUGAGCGACAGUUCCUAUCCGGUGAAUUAGAAGUAGAGCUGACACCUCAGGGCACACUUGCGGAGAGGAUCCGUGCCGGUGGGGCUGGAGUCCCUGCCUUCUACACCAGCACAGGAUAUGGGACUCUGGUACAAGAAGGAGGAUCACCCAUCAAAUAUAACAAAGAUGGCAGUGUUGCCAUUGCCAGCAAGCCCCGAGAGGUGAGGGAGUUUAACGGUCAGCACUUCAUUUUGGAGGAAGCCAUCACGGGAGAUUUUGCUCUGGUGAAAGCGUGGAAAGCAGACCGGGCAGGCAAUGUGAUUUUCAGGAAAAGUGCAAGAAACUUCAAUCUGCCAAUGUGCAAAGCUGCAGGAACCACAGUGGUGGAGGUUGAAGAAAUUGUAGACAUUGGCUCGUUUGCCCCCGAAGAUAUCCACAUUCCAAAGAUAUAUGUGCACCGCCUUAUAAAGGGAGAGAAAUAUGAGAAGAGAAUUGAGCGUUUAUCACUGCGAAAGGAAGGAGAUGGAAAAGCCAAAUCUGGUAAGGCCGGAGAAGAUGUGAGGGAGCGAAUCAUCAAGAGAGCCGCCCUGGAGUUUGAGGACGGCAUGUAUGCUAACUUGGGUAUAGGGAUCCCUCUUCUGGCCAGCAACUUCAUCAGUCCCAACAUGACCGUUCAUCUCCAAAGUGAAAAUGGAGUCUUGGGCUUGGGCCCAUACCCACUGAAAGAUGAAGCCGAUGCCGAUCUCAUCAAUGCAGGAAAGGAAACAGUUACUGUUCUCCCAGGAGCCUCUUUCUUCUCCAGCGAUGAGUCAUUCGCCAUGAUUAGAGGGGGACAUGUCAAUCUAACAAUGUUAGGAGCCAUGCAGGUUUCUAAGUAUGGUGACCUGGCCAACUGGAUGAUACCUGGGAAAAUGGUGAAAGGAAUGGGAGGAGCUAUGGAUUUAGUGUCCAGUUCCAAAACCAAAGUGGUGGUCACCAUGGAGCACUCCGCAAAGGGAAAUGCUCAUAAAAUCAUGGAGAAAUGUACAUUACCACUGACGGGCAAACAGUGUGUCAACCGCAUCAUUACAGAAAAGGGUGUGUUUGACGUGGACAAGAAAAACGGGUUGACACUGAUCGAGCUCUGGAAAGGCCUGACUGUUGAUGACAUCAAGAAAAGCACAGGCUGUGACUUUGCAGUUUCACCAAACCUCAUGCCAAUGCAGCAGAUUUCAACCUGAAGCAUCCACUGGACAUUUGUCCCAGGCUGCCAAGAUUGCAUUUUCAACACAUAGGAUUUAAACGGAAGGAUAUCAGUAAUCAACAGAAGUUUCGGCUAGUUUACUUCUAGUAUUUCUGGAUUUGUGCAGCCAUAGACGUUGUUCUCUCCAGCGUGAUAUAUCAUUUCCAUGAAAGGAAAAAAAAAAAAAAAGGAAAACAUUUCAUUGUGGUCUUGCUUCAUGAGUGCUAAGAAGGUUGUCUUUAUCAUUGUUGCUCACAGUGGAUAUAUGCUCAUCUUUUAUGCUAUAUAUAUUAAACCUUGACUUAGCCCUGAAGGUGAAUUUUCAUGUGCAUUGGUGAUUAGGUAGAAUAAUUUUCUAAUGACUAUGUAUCUUUUACCUUCCUCUUUUUUUGAGAGAUGCCAGUUGUGUUUGCUUUCUUAGAACGUCCACCUUCCCUCCACACUUCUUAUAGCUAAGUAGAUACUCAAAAAGGCCAACAGUAAUGUCGCUGUGAAAAGUAGAAGAAAGGACAAGGCAUAUGCUCUGCCGGUGCUGACAUCCCACCAGAUGUUGCCUUUAAAGACAACCAACCGUCUACCUGUGGUGUGCUACACCUUUGUAUUCUGAAGACUGUGUUUUUGGCAUUGAGCCCCAAUGUUUGCUUAUACAACAUCUCUUGAGCAAAAAAGAACCAUGGGCAAUUGAUCAAUCAUGAGCCCUGAAUUAUAGUGACAGCAGUAUUUAACGAGAUGCUAGUCCAAGAUAUCUCCCUUUUAGGCCCUCCAUUCUGCUCAGCAAAGAGUGUAAACACUGAAUUACUUUUUCUACACUACAGCGGUAUUCUUCAUAGGCUAGUUCUCUUCACAAAGGGCUACUGCUUUAGCCUUAUCUGUGCCGGGGAAAUGAUGGAAAAGCUCAGAUGUGAGUGGCUAGCAGACUUUCCGAGGCAGAGUAAACGCAGUGGGUUGCAUUCAUCAGGGAGGCUUCCUUAGAAGUAGCCACAAUACAGUUGCCAGGGCGGGGCAUCACUCCAGAUGCUCCCUUGCCUGGUAUCAGAUGUCUGAAAACUUAGGUACCCUGAAGCCGACUGGACACAGCUAAUGUCAGCACAGUGAAACGUAACGUCCUUCUGGCACUAAUGAUAGGAAUUUAUGCACGUCUUAGGUGAUGGUUGUCACUGGUAAUCACUCAUCAAGCAUAACCACAGCUGACUUGCACACAGUGUAAAGGGGAGAUAGGCUUUUCCUCCAUAGUCCACUCUCUAUGUAGUCAUCCUUAGUGGAUGGCCACAUGGCUGAAAGCAUCCUCUGCCAGGGUUGGUAAGAAGACCCCAUCUUAGAUGGGACAAGGCCCAGAAGAGUACGUAUGUCAAUGUUAGAGUACACAUUUGAGAAAUUGUCUUCUUGUAGAUAUUGAUAUGUCUUCAGAUGCACUUGCUCAUCAUUCCAGUCUGUUACUUUAAGGCAAGAGGCUUCUAAGAAUGUCUUGAACUUCAAAGCCUGAGUAGACAACUUUCAAAGAGUGCCAUGAUAUUUUUAAGAAAAAAACGUGUUAAGUGAUACAAUAAAAAUUGCAGGUUGACAGAGA